AUGUCGGACAAGCCGCGGUUCACCCUGUACUCUGCAGCGGUUGGGCCAAAUGGGUGGAAUGUGGCGAUGGUCCUAGCGGAACUUGGCCUAAUUUAUGAGACCAUCUAUCUGAACUUCUCAAAAAAGCAGCAGAAGUCACCUGAAUUCCUCAAGCUGAAGCCUAAUGGAAGGAUUCCUGCCAUUGUUGACCUUGGAAAUAAGGAUUUUACACUAUGGUAA